AUGACAGAGGCAGAGUCGAGCUACGUGCUGCACAGAAGGAGCUAUCUGAGGUCGUUCUAUCACACGGCCAAGUGGCCACACGCAUGCUGUAUCGGCGCCCUCACUGCAAGCCAAAGCUCAUCAGAGGAUAUCAUCGACGCCAUUCCUCUGCUGCAUCACUGGACGGGCCUCACGAUGGCUCUACAGUCGGCUCUGGCAAUACUCGACACACAUCUUUCGACGUUGAUACCCAAGCAGCAACUCGUCGGGUUCUACUAUGCCAAUGCGCGCUUGGACGACAAUGCGAUACCGCCAGUACUAGAGCAAGCGGCGUUGCAUCUAGCCAAGCGAUCACAAACGCCGCCGCUACUUCUGAUGCUCGAUGCAAAGCAAGCAGCAGCAAGCCAGACCGGCUUCAUCACAAGAGCGAUAGGGACGAGCAAAGCGCCUACAUUGAAGGUCGCGCCUGAACUGCCUGCAAUAGCGUUACAAGGGCUCAAGGAGGCAGCGCAUCAGACUGUGCACGACUACGACGAGCAUCUCGACGAUAUCGGCUGCCGAUGGCUGCGAUGGGACGAGCCUGACGAAGCCACAGUGGCAUUGUAG